GUAAAAUGAUUGAGUCAACGAGAGCACAAAUAGCUUAAUUGAGGAGAGAUAAGGAGUUGAGACUAAGAGAGGAGCAGUACACAUUUUUUGUUUCAUCAAAAGAAAAUGGCCUCUGCUUCUCUCUUCAAGACUUCACCAGUCGUUGACAAAAGUGAUUGGAUUAAGGGUCAGACCCUUCGCCAACCUUCAGUAUCUGUUGUCCGGUGCCACCCAGUUGCCCCCUCUGGCCUCACCGUGCGUGCUGGUUCAUAUGCUGAUGAGCUCGUCAAGACUGCGAAAACUGUUGCAUCUCCUGGGCGUGGAAUCUUGGCCAUGGAUGAAUCAAAUGCGACAUGUGGAAAACGUCUAGCAUCAAUCGGGCUAGAGAACACAGAGGCAAAUCGCCAGGCAUACAGAACACUGCUUGUUACAGCUCCAGGUCUUGGGCAGUACAUUUCAGGUGCCAUCCUCUUUGAGGAGACCCUUUACCAAUCUACCACUGAUGGAAGGAAGAUGGUUGAUGUCCUUGUGGAGCAAAACAUUGUUCCUGGAAUUAAAGUUGACAAGGGUUUGGUUCCAUUGGCUGGCUCAAAUGACGAGUCAUGGUGCCAAGGUCUUGAUGGCCUUGCAUCUCGCUCUGCUGCUUACUACCAACAGGGUGCUCGCUUCGCCAAAUGGCGCACAGUGGUGAGCAUUCCCAAUGGUCCAUCUGCCCUUGCAGUGAAGGAAGCUGCCUGGGGUCUUGCUCGCUAUGCUGCCAUAUCUCAGGACAAUGGGUUGGUCCCAAUUGUGGAACCUGAGAUCUUGCUUGAUGGUGAGCAUGGCAUUGACAGGACCUUUGAAGUAGCCCAGAAGGUGUGGGCUGAGGUGUUCUUCUACCUGGCUGAGAACAAUGUGAUGUUUGAAGGUAUCCUUCUCAAGCCUAGCAUGGUCACUCCUGGUGCUGAGUGCAAGGACAAGGCUACACCAAAACAAGUUGCUGACUACACUCUCAGUCUCCUACGUAGAAGAAUUCCUCCAGCUGUGCCUGGAAUCAUGUUUUUGUCCGGUGGGCAAUCUGAAGUUGAGGCUACCCUGAACUUGAAUGCAAUGAACCAAGCUCCCAACCCGUGGCACGUGUCGUUCUCAUAUGCAAGAGCCCUUCAGAACACUUGCCUGAAGACUUGGGGAGGUAGACCUGAGAAUGUAAAGGCGGCUCAGGAAACCCUGCUUGUCCGGGCUAAAGCCAACUCUCUUGCUCAGCUCGGAAAAUACACAGGUGAGGGAGAGUCUGAAGAAGCAAAGAAGGGAAUGUUUGUCAAAGGCUACGUUUACUAGGCUCACUAAACAAAAAAUCUGUAAUAAAAAUCGGUGGUGAUGAUGGUAUUGUGAAGUGUUCCUGUAACCGCGGAGACUAUUCUUGUUCAUAGCUUGUGCUUCUAGCAACCUUAAAAAAUUCCCGUGUGAGAACGCAUUAUCAUGCUUUAAUGCUACCAUGAGAUAGCUUGCAGCUCUAUUAUUAGUUGAAAUUCGUAUCAA